GUUUUUUUUGCUGGACAUUCAUGAUGCUUUACUUUUGUUUUACUUUUUUUCCCCCUCCUUCAGGGUAUUGUGCAAUCACUGGAUCCUUUUAUUCCAUCCCUGUAAAUAGACAAAGGAACCAGAACACGGAGUUUUUCCUGGAGUGGCUGUUCCAUUACCUGUUGAAAUGAAUCCCACAUCCAAACACCUUUAUUCCCCACAGAUGGGCCAACCUGCCCUGAGCUAAUCCUGUAGAAGUGAAUUGAGGAAAAGGGAAAAAAAAGGAAUAUUUGUGCAGGUGAUGCUCGUUGUUUGAGCCUGUGCUGCCUGUGGAUCCAGGGACAGCAUUCCCAUAGGGAUGGACCCCAAGGCUGGGAGGAUGAAUGUUUGAAAUCAGUACCAAAAAAACCAAAAAAAUUGAGGGAAAUUCCCAUGAGGAGACUCCUGCAGGGAUGCAGUGUGACAAAGGCACAACAAACCCAGGAAUUUGGGCUCCUGCUGGAUCCAUGCUCGUGGAUUUUACCUGUCCAGCCUGGAGCUGUGGCUGCUGUGCUGCUGCUGGACCUUUCCUCCUUCCUCCCCCAGCAAAUGCAGGUUCCAGCCAGGAGAGGGAAAGGGCUUGGACGUGCUGAGAACCCUCCAAUCUCUUCCCUCUUUUUUCCUCGGGAAGAGCCGGAGUGGACAGACAUUUCUUGGCUUGCAGGGUGUGGAUAAAGGUCCUGUCAGCAGCUGCCUUUUUGCUAAUCCCUUUUAUUCCAGCGAGGAACGCUCCACGCUCUGCUCUGAGGCUCUUUAAGAGUGCUUUGAUUUUAGGGUGGGGAUUUCAGCCCACCCUGGCCCAGCUGAGCACCCCCAGCCGUCCCACCAGGAGCUCCCAUGGAUUUUGAGGCGCGUUCCCAAGCCUGAGGAGCUUGAGCCAGCCUGCCAAGCAUGGCUGACAAGAACAGCACCCUGAAAUGCACGUUCUCUGCUCCUGGCCACAGCACCACGCUGCUGCAGGGACUGGCCUCGCUCCGAGCCCAGGCUCAGCUGCUUGAUGUCAUCCUCACUAUAAAUAAUGAAGUGUUUCAGGUUCAUAAAGUUGUCUUGGCUGCCUGCAGUGACUAUUUCAGGGCGAUGUUCACGGGCGGCAUGAGAGAAGCCAGCCAGGACGUGAUCGAGCUCAAAGGCGUGUCCGCCAAGGGCCUCAAGCACAUCAUCGACUUCGCCUACAGCGCCGAGGUCACUCUGGACCUCGACUGCAUCCAGGACGUGCUGGGAGCCGCCGUCUUCCUGCAGAUGGUGCCGGUGGUGGAGCUGUGCGAGGAGUUCCUCAAGUCCGCCAUGAGCGUGGAGACGUGCCUCAACAUCGGCCAGAUGGCCACCACCUUCAGCCUGGCCUCCCUCAAGGAAUCCGUGGACGCCUUCACCUUCAGGCACUUCCUGCAGAUCUCCGAGGAGGAGGAUUUCCUCCACCUGCCCCUGGAGCGCCUGGUGUUCUUCCUGCAGAGCAACAAGCUCAAGAGCUGCAGCGAGAUCGAGCUGUUCCGCGCCGCCGUGCGCUGGCUGCAGUUCGACCCCGCGCGCCGCGCCAGCGCCAGCCGGGUGCUCUGCCACAUCCGCUUCCCGCUCAUGAAGUCCUCGGAGCUGGUGGACAGCGUGCAGACCCUGGACAUCAUGGUGGAGGACGUGCUGUGCCGCCAGUACCUGCUGGAGGCCUUCAACUACCAGAUCCUGCCCUUCCGGCAGCACGAGAUGCAGUCGCCGCGCACGGCCGUCCGCUCGGACGCGCUGUCCCUCGUCACCUUCGGCGGCACCCCCUACACCGACAACGACCGCACCGUCAGCUCCAAGGUCUUCUGCCUGCCCGACGCCGGCGGCCGCCAGUUCCGCGAGCUCACCGAGAUGGAGGUGGGCAGCAGCCACUCCUGCGUGGCCGUGCUGGACAACUUCGUCUACCUGGUGGGAGGGCAGCAGCUGCAGUACCGCAGCGGGGAGGGCGCCGUGGACGUCUCCUACCGCUACGACCCCCACCUCAACCGCUGGCUGCGCAUCCAGGCCAUGCAGGAGAGCAGGAUCCAGUUCCAGCUCAACGUCCUGCGCGGCAUGGUUUACGCCACCGGCGGCCGCAACCGCUCGGGCAGCCUGGCCUCGGUGGAGAAGUACUGCCCCAAGGACAACGAGUGGACCUACGCGUGCUCCCUGAAGCGCAGGACGUGGGGCCACGCCGGGGCCACGGCGGGGGACAAGCUCUACAUCUCGGGGGGCUACGGGAUCUCCGUGGAGGACAAGAAAGCCCUGCACUGUUACGACCCCGCCGCCGAUCAGUGGGAGUUUAAGACCCCCAUGAACGAGCCCAGGGUGCUGCACGCCAUGGUCAGUGCCAACAGCAGGAUUUACGCCCUGGGAGGCCGCAUGGACCACGUGGAUCGCUGUUUCGAUGUCCUGGCCGUGGAAUAUUACGUCCCCGAGACGGACCAGUGGACCACGGUGAGCCCGAUGCGCGCGGGGCAGUCGGAGGCCGGCUGCUGCCUCCUGGAAAAAAAGAUUUACGUCGUGGGGGGCUACAACUGGCACCUGAACAACGUGACCAGCAUCGUGCAGGUCUACAACACGGAGACGGACGAGUGGGAGAGGGACUUGCACUUCCCGGAGUCUUUUGCUGGCAUCGCCUGUGCCCCCGUCAUCCUCCCGCAGGUGACGAGCCCGAGGUGACUCCGGGGGGCUCUGGGGCUGUGGGAGAGGGAAGGACAGAACAGCUCCAGAAAGUUCCUCCUCCUGCCGCAGGAGUCCUGGCGAGCCGGUUCCGCCAGCCAGGCGGACUGAGCAGAUGUUACAGCUGGGAAAAGCUUUUCUCUCCUCUCUCAGCCUUUUUUUUGGUGGGGGGUGCAUUUUGCCAACUUUUCGUAUUUUUAACGCACCGCACACGUUGGCAGCUCAGGAGUCACUCAGCACUGGGGUCUUGUUUCCAAGAGAUCAGGUGAGGGGUUUUUUAUCAAUAGCUCCAAAAAUAAAAAUCGUCGUGCGUCGCUUUGUUGGUUUUUUAGCAAACAAACAAAAAAAACCAAAACCAAAACCUGUGUAACACGCUGACCUCCAGAAGCAAUAAAAGGACAGUGGGAGCUA